UAAAAUGUUGGAUAGUAAUGGAAAAACACAAUCGGUAGAAACCAAAAGUUCAUUUCAGAUUUAAUUUAUGUAAAUGAAAGUCAUCUUUAGAAAAUUCUGUAUUUUCUGAUUAUUGAAUACUUAGUAGCAGUUCGGUGCUAACCAGAGAUUCUGAUGAAUAGCCUUCUUUGUUAUGAUCGAUCCCUCUGACAAAGGGAAAACAAAAUUGUACCAAACGAACAGCGAAGAAAGUCCAUCAACAAGUUUUAAAAAUCCGGAAUUUAAGAGCCCAGAAAAAGGUUCAAAAAUUUCAAAGAAACGUCCACAUAAAAAUUCAAAUAAAAAAACAACUAGUUCCGACUCUGACGAAGACCUAAGUAAAGCAUAUGAUCAGAGUGUGAAAGAAGAUAGUUUACUUCCAAUUUUAAAGCAGGAGUUGCGACUUAAGAUACAAACUCGACGAUUAAGUGAGGGUCAAGGAGAGUUGUUACCAGAAAGAGAGGAACCUAAAGUUUAUGAGCUCACUGAAGAAGAAAGGGAGAAAUACAGGCGAAGACUGUUACAAAACAGAGAUUCCUUGCGUCGAUCAAGACAGAAAGAAAUAGAACGUGAAGAAAUAUUAAAACAGACUUUUGAUAUGGAGACCUCAAAAGAAGAAAGUCUGAAAAGACAAAAGUUACAACUUUUAACAGAAAGAGAAGAAUUGAUGAGAAGACUAAGAGAAGCAGGAAUGGAUGUUAAUGAAAACACUUCUUCUUUUAUUUGCAAAGGAUGCAAACAAACGAUAAAAUAUCCUUCAUGAUAGCGCAAGUCAAUGUCAGAGUUAUGUUGUUUUCCGCAUUUAAAGCUUUGAAUGACACUACUUAAUGUGUAAUAUGAAGCUUUUUCUCGGUGUUUUUGUGCACUAUUCGUUACAUUAGAAAACUACUUUUUUUCUGGUAUGUUUACAAAUUCCACAAAGAAUUCUCAAGUUACAAGAUAGAAUUCAAAAGCAUAUGUAUGAAGACAAAAAGUACGUGCAUGCUAUUUUGUAAAAUGAUUUGAUAUGCUUAUUUCUCUGGGGGAUCUGAUUUUAUUGUUGUUGUGUGUUCAAUUAUUUAAAAUCUGAAGGGUCUGAUAUUUUAUCUAAGCAAUCGUCACGGUUUUUAGUGGUAGCAUUCUGUUGUUUCUCCUGUGUUUCUCGUUCCUUUGUAUUUCUGACUUUCUUGAUUCGUUAAUGUUAACGUUAGUUUGGGGGGUCUUCCCUCUUGCGUGUUCUGAUAUAUUUUAAUUUUAAUUUUUUUUUAUUUGAUAAAAUAACAAAAUACCGAACUCCGAGGAAAAUUUAAAUAUUAUCAAAUGGCAAAAUCAAAAGGGCAAACACAUCAAACGAAUGGAAAACAACUAUCAUAUUCAAAGUUAUACAGUAUUUAAAUAUUUACGAUAUCAUUGUUGUAUACAAAGUAAACAAAUUCAUGAAACAUUUUUUUUAUAUAGACACACGCCUACAUUGUAUUAAUAAUACCAGGGGACAUAGUUUAUAUUUUCAAAAUGGCGGCGUCAAAAAUGUAACAAUUUAACAGUUUUUUUCAAUAUACAUUAUUGAUGUUUUAUACAAUGAUAAAACAUUCAUGAAACAUUUAUUUUUGGCUACAGACACAAACCAACAUAUCAUUAUUGGUAACAGGGGACAUAAACUAUGAAAUAAAAAAGGCGACACAAUUCUAAAUGGUGUCACUAACAAAGUGUAAAUUUUCACAGUUAUAGUAAAUGCUUACACUUGAAAAAAUCUUUCAAUCUACUUGCAAUGAAAAAAGAAUGUGUUAAAUCUUAUUAUUAUACAAGACAAGUAUUUCUUUAUGGAAAUGGUGAAAAAAUAAAAAUGGCGCCUCAAAAGUAACUAUUGGUUAUAACAAGUG